AUGGGGGCAACUGAAGGGCCAGGAGAUAAGCCGAUCGAUAAUGGGACUCGCGGCAUGGAGGAUUAUUUGCGUGUCGCGCUCUUGGCAGCCAAGCAAGCAGGUAUCGUAGAUCUUGUGACGGAGACUGACAAAAAGUGUGAGGAGAUAAUCUUCUCGAGCAUCAGAGAUGCUUUCCCAGACCACAAAUUCAUUGGGGAGGAGGACAGCGCAGCUCAGGGCUUCACAGCGGAUUUGACUGAUAAUCCUACAUGGAUGGUGGAUCCUGUCGAUGGCACCACUAAUUUCGUGCACCGCUUUCCCUUUGUGUGUGUCUGCAUUGGGCUGGCAAUCGACAAGAAGGUUGCAGUGGGGGUGGUCUAUAACCCAAUUCUUGACGAGCUCUACACAGCUAUGCGCGGCAAGGGCGCGUUUCUGAAUGGCCAGCCCAUCAAUGUGUCAGGCUGCACAGACCUGGGGUCAGCCUUGAUCAUCACAGAGAUAGGGGUGACUCGCGACGACGCGACACUUGACGCGCUCUUCGGCCGCAUCUCGGCCAUUGUGAAAGGGGCGCGCUCGGUGAGAUGCAUGGGCUCAUGCGCGCUGGACAUGUGCUCGGUGGCAUGCGGCCGGGCAGAGGUCAGCUAUGAGGUGGGCUUUGGGGGGCCAUGGGAUGUGGCAGCAGCAUCGCUCAUUGUGGAGGAAGCUGGGGGGCAUGUGGCAGACCCUGCAGGGGGGCCCUUUGAUAUCAUGGGGCGGCGAGUGCUGGCGGCCAGUAAUGCCGGCCUCGUAGAGCAGGUGGCAGCACUCAUUGCACCGCUGCCGCUGGGUCCCAAGGAGCCGCAGCCCUCAGCAGUGUCAUAGAGUAGCAAGUUUCCUAGGAUGUGCACGGCUAAAAAAGGUAGUUUGUAGGAGACACGAUGACAACUCGUUGCUAGAUGUAGAUAGAUUUGUUGAUUGUACAGCUGACUGAUUGCCUCUUUGACCUAUUUCCUGGAAAGCCUGGGGUAAGCAUAACAGGAUGAUUUCGGUGUUUACUGACGUUCAUUGUCCCAUAAAUCAACCUUCUUGACGUGUUGACGCGGCCUUUGAGUGAUAAUACUUCAGUUCGGUUUAAACGGAUGCCGGCAAAGGACAAUAGUACAUUCCAUUGCACCUUCAAAUACUUCACAAGAUGCCUCGCUGAUUGCAUGCUGG